GGGGCGGAUGGGGGUGACGGUGUCGAUGAUAUCCGCAGAGCCUCCGCGAUGUCUCCGCCGGUGCCCGCGUUGACCCCGGAGCAGAAGAAGGAGUUGGCGGCCAUCGCCCAACGCAUCGUCGCCCCCGGCAAAGGCAUCCUCGCCGCCGAUGAGUCCACUGGGAGUAUCGCCAAACGGCUGAGUUCCAUCGGAGCGGAAAACACGGAAGAGAACCGUCGGUGGUACCGCCAACUGCUGUUCACGGCCGACGGCCGCGUCGACCCCUGCAUCGGCGGAGUCAUCCUCUUCCACGAGACCUUCUACCAAAAGGCCGACGACGGCCGCCCCUUCCCCCAGGUCAUCCGCAGCAAAGGAGCCGUCGUGGGCAUCAAGGUGGAUAAGGGAGUGGUGCCCUUGGCCGGCACCGACGGCGAGACCACCACCCAGGGGCUGGACGGGCUGUCGGAGCGCUGUGCGCAGUACAAGAAGGACGGCGCCGACUUUGCCAAAUGGCGCUGUGUCCUCAAGAUCUCGGCGCACACCCCGACGCGCUUGGCCGUCCUCGAGAACGCCAACGUCCUCGCCCGCUACGCCAGCAUCUGCCAGCAGAACGGCAUUGUCCCCAUCGUGGAACCCGAGAUCCUUCCGGAUGGUGACCACGACCUCAAACACUGCCAAUACGUCACCGAGAAGGUCCUGGCGGCCGUCUACAAAGCUCUGAGCGACCACCACGUCUACCUGGAAGGGACUCUCCUCAAACCCAACAUGGUGACCGCCGGCCACGCCUGCGCCAAGAAGUACAGCCCCGAGGAGAUCGCCAUGGCCACCGUCACCGCCCUGCGCCGCACCGUCCCCCCCGCCGUCCCCGGUAUCACCUUCCUGUCGGGCGGCCAAAGCGAAGAAGAGGCGUCCAUCAACCUCAACGCCAUCAACCGUUGUCCUCUGGCGCGGCCGUGGGCGUUGACCUUCUCCUACGGUCGCGCCCUUCAGGCUUCGGCCCUUCGCGCCUGGGCCGGAAAGAAGGACAACACCAAAGCCGCCCAAGAGGAGUACGUCAAGAGGGCUUUGGCGAACUCCCUGGCGUGUCAGGGCAAGUACACCCCCAGCGGUCAGGCGGGCGCCGCCGCCAGCGAGUCCCUCUUCAUCUCCAACCACGCCUACUGAGGACACGCCCACUCCCCCACCAGGCCACGCCCCCUCCACUCAUCCCAAUGGCAACGUGACCACGCCCCUCUCCAGGCAAGCCACGCCCCCCCCACCAACACCAUUGGACGCAAUGGCAUCGCCACCGCACUCCGCUCACCGUUGGCUGCAAUGGCAUUGUGGCCACGCCCCCUCCCUUCAAGCCACGCCCACUGUCUAGUGGUUGCGUAGCGUCGUGGCCACGCCCCCUCUCCAUUGGCUGCAAUAGCAUCGUGGCCACGCCCCCUCAAUUACAAUAGCAUCGUGGCCACGCCCCCACCAUUAACUGCAAUAGCAUCGUGGCCACGCCCCUCUAUGUAUCACAAUGUCAUCGUGGCCACGCCCCUUCCUUCAAAGCCACGCCCCCUCUUCAUAGGCCGCGUACACUCCCCUCCAUUGGCUGCAAUAGCAUCGUGGCCACGCCCCCUCCAUUGACCGCAAUGCCAUAGUGGCCACGCCCCCUCCCUCCAAGCCACGCCCAAUGACCAUUGGCCGUGUAGCAUCGUGGCCACGCCCCCUCCAUUGGCCGCAAUGGCAUUGCGACCACACUCCUCUCCAUUGGCUGCAAUAGCAUCGUGGCCACGCCCCCUCCAUUGACCGCAAUGGCAUAGUGGCCACGCCCCCUCUGUUACCCGCAAUGUCAUCCUGGCCACUCCCCCUCUCAAUUGGCCGCAAUGGCAUCGUGGCCACGCCCCCGCUCCAUUGGCUGCAAGGGCAUCGUGGCCACGCCCCCUCCAUUGGUUACAGUGUGGUCGUGGCCACGCCCCCCUCCCGCCAGGCCACGCCCCCUCUCCUCUUUCCCGCCUCGGCGGGACAAUAAACGUGGUGAAAGUC